AGGUGGUAGUUCGAGUUGCAAAGUACCUAGGUGUACUGUCGUGGCAGACAUUCCGAGAUCCCCGAAUUCAUGGACGCACCAGUAUUGGCUUAGUCACUUUCAAGGUUGACCAGCCAUCGAUCACACCGUCGUGAUCACCAUGAAAGUCUGUUAUCGCCAUUAAAAUAGAAACCAUCUCGAUGGCUCAACGAUCAUCACAAUAUCGCCCGAUUUAUCCAGCAUGCGCUCUGCUAUCGAUGCGCAUGAGAUGAAGUGGUCGACUCGAACGGCCAACAACGGGCCGCCAUGAACUCCGAAGCCUUGCAGAGCAGACGAGGUUCUGCAAAUCACUCAAAUCAUGCCAUCGGAAUUCCCAUAGCGCCCUCAUUGCCCAUCGCUGCUCCGAGGCCCUUACAAAGAGCACGAGAUGCCGCGUCGAGAUUUCUCGGUUAUGCGCCUUCUCGCCCGCCCAGCGCUCACGGAGAUAGAGACGAAGAACGUUUCUCCCGUGGUAGUGCACAAUUCAAACGACAUCCAUCUCUGUCCAUCUCCAAAGAUGCGACAGUGAGCCACAGGACUGGUCUACACAUAAAUGCCGUAGCACUGAAUGAGAGUGGUACGCACGCGCUCAUCGGCGGCAAAGGUAUCUUCAAAACUGUCAAAGUCGAGGGAGGGCACUGCGCCGAGGACCUCAAUCUGAGGACGACGAUUCUGAGUACUCCCAAGAAUGCAUCAGGUGCGCCUCGCGACAUCUAUCAAAUUGAUAUCGCUGAUGUCGCCUGGGCGAAACGUGAUUACAGCAACUACGUCGUGGCUGCAACCUCCAGCGGAAAGAUCAUCCUCUACAACCUUGGCAUUGCCGGACUUCAGGGAACUUUACUACAUGAACAUUCGAGACAGGUCCAUAAACUCACCUUCAAUCCCCAUUCCGGGAAUUUGCUCUUGUCUGGUAGUCAAGAUGGUACUGUUCGACUCUGGGACCUUCGUGCCUACAAGACUCCAGCCUCGACGUUGCACAGUAGAAGUAAAUUCUCUGGUCACGCCGGCGGCGUGCGUGAUGUGAAAUGGUCGCCUACUGAUGGAUUCGACUUCGCUUUCGGGACAGACAAUGGCGACAUCCAAAGAUGGGAUUGGCGCAAUCACCACGUGGCUAAGGUCAAGGUGUCGGGCCACCUGCAAGCCUGCAAUGCUGUCGAUUGGCACCCCGAUGGAAAACACAUUGUCAGCGCCGGUUCUGACAAGACUAUACGGGUUUUUGACAUCUCUGUUAAUCGUCCGAAGAAAGCGACCUGGGAGAUCAAGACCCCUUACCCCGUCAUGAAUGCUCGCUGGCGACCUUCGUGUGAGUCAUCAAUCAAGACGGACAACGGCGCAAAUCUGUGCGUACAGGUUCUCGCAUGUUACAGUCCUGAGAUACCAAUAUUACAUCUGUGGGAUCUACGCAGGCCGCAUAUUCCAUUUCGCGAGCUGGCGCCAUAUGCCUCAGCUCCGACCGGGUUGAAUUGGCACUCUCAAGAUUUGUUAUGGACUGUUGGUCGCGAAGGCAUAUUUAUGCAGACGGAUAUGCAUUACGUGCCAAAGGCGCUAGAAAGACGGAAUCUGCAGGCCCUUGCUGUGUCGCCGAGGAACGAGACCGUUUUCGUCGCACAAGCGCGAAAAGCCAAGAAUACCUCCAGCAUUCAGCGGCCAGUCAUUGAUCUCGGACAAGGUCAUGGUCAGAGUCCGAGAGGUGAGCUUUCAAGUCGAAGCUGGGCGGAUGACAGUCUGGACCAGACCUUUCUGAGCAUCGCACCUCCAAACCGUCAACACAUUCGCUCUGACAGUCAUCCUCGAGUGCAGGGCGCAAGCUCAGGCUCAGCUACGCCACAUAACGAUCGAACAGCCAAGCCGACCAUUAAAUUGGACGAUAUUUUGUUCAAUCGCAAAUCUUGCCGUCCGGUGCAGGCAUCCUGCCGUGGUUCCCUGCCAGAUCCCGGGCUCAGCUUUGCUGCGCCUGAACUCAUGAUGCACCAUAUGGUCCGGUCACUUGAAACGAUGAACAUGGAGGAGGUACGGGCACAUACCCUGAAGGUUAUAGAUCUCUGCAUGCAGUCCGCCGCUCUCGCUGGUGCUAUGAGACUGUACCAAUCGUGGAAGAUAGUUGAAUUCUGUUUGUCUAAUCACUUACGGGAGAAGGAAGUGCUGUGUCGCCAGCUUGUUGAACGAGCUGACAUCGGCAGCCAUUCUUCGAAUCCGAAGCGGAUGAAUAUUGCAGAUCUGGCUAUGCGGUUCGCGAUUCAGUAUACGAAGUCGCCCAGCCAAUCGCCAUCAUCGAUGCAACCCGUUUCCUCGGUCAUUCAUCAUUUGGCACUGCCGGAGAGUACCUCUAAUGUUCCCACACCACUGGUUCGCCCAACCACUACCUCUAAGUUAUCGAACUUGCUUCCACUUCCAGACACGAUCGACGAGACUUUGACUCUACCGCCGUCUCUGGUACAGGAGCAAUCGGCUUUAGCUGCGUCACUGUUGCACGCCAAUGCUCGUAGCGGAGACGAUGGGAACCGACCCUUGACAGCUCACAAUCUGACGGAUCUCGAAACCCAACACAUCAAAGAUGAGGCAGAUGAACACCUCAACCGGGUGGAACGCUGGAGUGCACAGCCACAGUACUCGCGUCGUUUUGAAGAUCCCGAGAAUCGCGGCUCACCCAUUAUGCCAAUGCUGGAGAAACACGACAGUCAAGAAAGCUUCAAGUUUCUCGAGGGGUCAUUCGACUCUGGAAGCGCAUAUUUCCCGGGUAGUCUUUCAUCUUUCGAGUCAUCCAAUAAACUCGUGGCUGAAAGACCUAGUCGGGGGACUGUUCGCAAAAUGGAUGAUGAAGCUCGAGAUGGCUCUGUACCCACUCAUGAAUCAAUGCUCUUCGAAGGCUCGGGGACUCUGGCGGACAGUAGGAAUGUAGACCAACAGGUCUUCAGUAACAGCUUGGGCUCUGCCCCCGAGAUCACCAGCACUUGGAGCCCGGAACGUUCUAUCAGUGCUGACUCCCCUGUAGAGCCAGAGGUCUCAGGGAUGUCGCUCGAUGGCUCGCCGGUCGAAGCCCGAUCAGUAAACGCACCCGGAACUCCAGCGAUUUCUCAGCCAGACGAUACUCAGAUCCCCGACGUACGAUCGCCUUUUGCCACUUCUGAUCAUGAACACCUUUCACCAUCCGAUCACGACGUCGGCAGCAUCCACGCUGUCGAAACCACCCACAAUCCCGAAAAUCCCGCCCAUGCAGCAGACUACAUCGACCUUGAAGACGGCAAACCCUGGACCCUCGUCGAAAUGCUCUCCCAACUAAUAACCUUCUACACCAUCGAGCAGCCCAACCCGCAAGCAGUCACCUCCCUCCUUAUGAUCCUCUGCCCUUUGCUACCCCUCACCCAUCCCCUCCCAGAAUCCGACGUCAAACGCACCAUCCGCAUCUACCUCCACCACGCCAUCGACAACCUGCACCUCGACCUCUCCGAAAUCUCCCGGUGGUUCCAGCUCUGCGCCUACGAGCGGCCCCUCCAAUCCGGCCUCCAACCCCUCCAGAUCGAAGCCGUCCUCGCAACUUAUCACGAACAACUCGUCUCCCGCCAGGACUUCUCCAGCGCCGCCCAGCUCCGCAAAAUAGCAUAUCCGGCUUAUCCGGCCGUCUACGAGGAUUUCUUGAGUGACAACGAUGUCCAUUUCCGAUGUGGUUCCUGCGGGAAAGCAGUCGCGCCGGAUUCCAGGAAGCAGGCGGUUUGUGCCAAAUGUGAUCCUCAUGUCACGCAACAGCUCAGGGCUUGUACGAUUUGUUGGGAGAAAGAGAGUCCCUGGUCCUCUGCUGUGGCGGACUGUGGGAAUUAUCAAGAAGAUGGAGAGAAUGAUUCGGUUGUGGGGAGAAAGCGAAAAUAUACGAGGCUUCUCACCGCGUGUACUGCAUGUGGUCAUAGUGGCCAUGCGGCUUGUUAUCAGUAUUGGUUUGGGAGUGCGAAGGGCGCGGGUUGUCCCACGGAGGGAUGUUUGUGUAGUUGUGUCGGCGGUAGUGUCGGAUCAUCAAGGGGUAUUCCGGUAUAGAAAAUUAAAAUGUCACUCGGGCGUUUCCCGUAUUAGAAAAUGGAUCUUGUAGUCAUAUUGGGGCUUUACUUGUCAUUCUUGCAUAGAAUCAUAGUGCUUCACGGAAUAGCGACUUUAGUGACUACCGGAACAUUU